GUCGUUCAUAAUGUAAGCCGGCAAGUUUUCUCCGCACAAAUCCACUUGGUUGACUCGGAAACGAUUUUUAAAUGUUCGCGCUUCCGGCGCGCACGGCAAUCCCCGCAAGGCGCCGACACUGGAUGACGUCACCCGGAUAAACCAACCAUCAGGAGGCGCUCCUUCCCGCCGCAGAUUCUGUGUGUAUCUGAGCGUGCGUCUGACCCUUUUUCUUGUUGUCUUGUCGCCUUUGCUUUGAAGUACUUUGAACCACAGCGUGUGGCCUAGGAUUUCACGCCGUUGACGUGCGAUGUCACAGCCAGGAAACCGGUGCUACGUGCUCGGGUGCAGAAAGACUUAUAACGCGAAUCCCGAGCUUACAUUUCACCGACCUCGCAAUGGCGAAACGAAACGAAAGUGGGAGGCAGCGAUCGCCAGCCACUACUGUGGUGUGGCCCAAGGAUUGAAUGUUUCACGCGUCUGUUCCUGUCAUUUCGCCGACGACGCCUAUUUUGAUGAAGAUGUAUUGCAAGUUCGACUUGGGCUACGGCAGAAACAGAAGCAGCUGAAGAUUGACGCCGUGCCUACCACAUUCGAUCAGGAACAAGGGCAGGAACCAGUAACGGAGGCGGCAGCAAGCACGUCAACGGAAUCAACUGGAUUUGAUGUGGAGGUCAUGGCUGAAGCAAGUGCUGGGGACCCACUUCCCACUUCACGGCGCAUCUCACAAGGGGGUUGUCAUCCCCUGAUUCCAGGAAGAGGAAAACAAUGGACACAGACUUGCAUAGCAUAUUAGUACACCAGAUAUGGACCUGCCAACAUGAACCCUCCUAACAUCCCUGUGGCAGCAUACCCACAUGUAACCACCCAGACUUCACACCACAUUAAUUUAGAACCACAGCACAACAUAAUAAACCUAAGCUAUUUUGUUAUUCCCACUCCGUCAUACUCCACUGUACAAUA